GUCACCGUCGCGCAGGCAUCAUGACAUACACAGCUGGGUGAUACCGUUUCUCACACUGGCACACUGGCACACUGGCCAGGAGCAGCUGCCGGCCACUGCUACCUGCCCAGGCCCCAAUCUGGACCUCACGAGAAACUCUCAUUCGGGUGGUUUGUUCUGGAUUUCUGGAUUUAAUUAGGACGCUAAUGAUACACAGUAAUCAAACAAGGAUGUGCUCUCACAAUUUGCUGCUUCUUUUUUCGGGCGGCUCGUUCGCCGGUCGGUCGGUCACAAUGCCACUCAAUGCAUCUCGUCUCCCCCCCACUGCCAACCUCACCUCUUGUCGACCGAGCAGUUUGGCUGCCGCUGCCGCUGCCCCCUCCAGCCGUCAGUCACAUCACCGCCGCACACUGCGUGCUGCCGUUAAUGCAAGUCCACGGCGGCAGGACGGACAGUGUCUCGUGUGCAUGCACAAUCAAUUGUCCGCUCGCCGUUGCCGUGCUGCGUCUAUUUCCACGACCAUGUGUGGAAACCUAGACACUCGACCACUGGUCUCGCCCUGACACCUGUCCGCGCACACAUACACACACCCACACCCCCCCUCCUCUGGCCCUCUGCCUCCCUCAUGUGGAAGAGGCCCUCGGAGCUACUGUGUACAACAGACGCCACCAAGCUCUUCCCUGCACAUCAUCUCUAUCCACUCGAGCACCCUGUGCAGCUCCAUACAACCAGCCACUCGGUCCUGCUGCCCUGCUGCCCUGGGCGGCACCAGCCAGGUUGGGUGUGCCGUCGUUGCUGCUUGACAUCUUCUCCACGUUCUGGCACGGACUGUCAAUUGGGCUCCGCCCCGGCUCCACGGUCUUGCUCUUGAAGCUCAUCGGGACUUGGCCCCCUGCCUGGCCCCCCCAGCCCCAAUGAAGAGUAGGGGUUCCGAGAAGCGAGACGAGCAACAUUUCCCAGGGUCGACGCCAAUCGAUAUCGCCUCCCUCUCUGCCUUGGCCGGCAGGCUUUUAUCAAGUCACCAGUUAUCCCGACCUGCCUCUCUUGCCCGGCUGCGUCUUUAGACCGUCACCUCGACAUCGACCCAUAACAAGCUUCCCCUGGACCACCGAGCUUCUCCGCGGCCUUGCGCUUAAAUCGCCCGGUUUCGUUGCCUAAUACGCCCAGCAACGUCGUGUUUGCCGCCUUCCUCUCCUUCUCCCCCGCCCAAGGCCGUCCUCUUAUUGUUUACCUUGUACCCGGGGGCUGUGGUCUAUCAACUCGCGGGACUUGUAUCGCACCGAACUCACCACCAUCCAGAGACCUGUCAUAUCGUCUCGGUUUGGAUCUAACGGGCGGAAAUCCACGACCCACCGUUCUGAAGUCCUAAAUUCUCCGACUCGGGCCAGCCAGGGUGCCUCAACAAGGAUGGCUGAAGCGAACUUGAGUGCCGAAACAACCACCAAGGCUCCGAAGGACAAGAAUUGCCCUUACUGCGGGCAGGCUUUCACUUCGUCUUCUCUUGGACGACACCUUGACCUGUACAUCAAGGAGAGGAACCCAAAGGCACCCGAUGGCAUCCACAACGUCGAGGAGAUCCGGAAGAUCCGGGGAGGCAUCACUCGGCGACAUCACAAGGGCAGCAGGAGAGCUAGCUCAGACCCCGCCGCCAGCCAUGCCGGAUCCAGACGCAGUCCGGAGGCUUCUGAUGCUGAGUCGCCAGCGGCAAAAUCACCAGGUAUGCCUAAGGAAAAACGGUCCGCAGCGGACUUGACCAAGGGUUUAGCACCCUUUAUUGCCUCAUGGGAGACAACCGGGGUCAUUAACAACAUCCCUCAAGCAGAAGUUGGAGGCGGGAGCGCGGAUGCCGUCCGGAAAGCAAAUACACAAAGGGCACACAGCAGGCAGAUGAUCAAAUCGUCCUUCGAGGUCAAGCAAAAAGUCCAGGACGCCCUCGACCGAGCCAGGGCUGCAGAACUGGCACUGCGGGAAAUCCUCAGCUCGUGGAGAGCGGCAAAGCAGCAGGUGAAUGUGCAUUCGAUGCCGUUCGACUUCGAUCCGCUCUCGCUAGACUUCCCAGCCCUGUGUCUUCAAUGCUUGGAGCCGCCACCAACAUUGUUCUCGUCUACGCAGCAUCCAACCCCAACGUCGUGGUCCAUAACUCCUCCUGGGGAGAAGCAGGAUCAAGCACUGCUGGCCUAUUUUCGAGAAGAAUUUCGAAAGUGGAAGAUCACUUGUGCUUCUGCAACGACGGCAAUCAUGGAAGAACUGACUUACCCACCUUCACAAGCAGCAACAUUCCAAGAGAACACCCGUGACUCAGUACAAAAAGCAGAACGAGCUGCUGAAAACCUCGAGAGGCAAGUCACGGAGCAUCUUACCUCGGCCUUUUCCGUGUGGCAGCAGCUUUCCCCACAGCGCCGGCAAGAACUAUGGAUAUUGGAGCUGGCACGAAGCGUAGGGAGGAAACAGAAGGAGGUGGACAGGUUGAAGGAGACACAACACUCGCUCGAGCAGGAGAACACCAACCUCAAGUCUCAGAUCGAUCAUCUGAAUCGACUACAGCAACCACGCGAGUUCAAAGUCGCCAACCCAAUGACUUGGGGCAUGAGCCAAAAGAUGAUACAGCUUGCGGCGGAAGCGGGCGUCAGUGGCCGUCGGGUGGUUGGACUAAACCUAGAGGAUCGCCAUUCAGACCUAAACACCGUGGUCUCGAGCGCUAUCGACAGAUGGAAACACGUGAUCGUAUCCUCAAGGGCAACGAGUGGCCUGGCUGCUCAGAGACCUCUUGAUCCGUCGUCUGCGCAAAUACCUACCACCACGACGCAGCCCCCCACGCCGGCUGGCCAACAGGCACACGUGCAACAAUCGUCGCCCAGCGUCUCUACCUUUUCUCAAGUGCCCUUUCCACGAAAUACGCCACGAAGUCCAGCUGUGCCAACAAUCAUAGCCACCAGCGAGACCAAGACAUCGAUCGCCGGAACCCCCUCGGAACAAUCUGCCGAUGAUUCAGACCGAGAAUCGGAGCAGGACGCAGAUGAAGGGGAGGAUGCUGAUGCCGACGCUGACGCCGACGCUGAUGCCGAAGCUGACGUUGAGAUGAGCGGUGGAGAGGGAUACCUCUCAGCGGCACAUACGCCAGUUCCCCAGACCAUUGCGCAGAUGCCUCAAACUCCGAUGCCACACAGUCCCAUGCCUCAUAGCCCAAUGCCGCAUAGCCCGAUGCCCCACGGCCAAAUCACCCAUGACCAACAACCCUACGCCACUCAGCAGAUGGCGGCAGAGGCACGGCAGAACCCAUAUCCGCAGAACCCAGCCGGGGCUGGCAAUUACGCAACGCAAGCUGGAAUACUCCCUAGCCAACAGCUACAGCUGGGACAGCAGGCUUUUGGUCAUCAGUACCGGCCUAGCCACGGCCACGGCGGGGGAAUGAAUAUGUCGUGGGACAAUCAAUGACGGCGCGAUGACCAACCUGCGACUGACCCAUUAGUAGUCGACUUACUUGGACUGGGGAUAGUCUCAGGUUGGCCAAAGCAAGCUGCCGAAUGGUUUGCCGGGUUCGCUGAUCACGGGCUCCGAGUUGAAUCGUGAUUCACGUAGUUCAUACCGACGCGAAGCAACUUGCGCUCGGAGCACUAUCUAUUAUCGAACACUAUCAUUUGAUCAAGCGUCUGCAUGAAACUAUGCCAGAGGGGCACCCCUCCGUCUCCACCACCUAGACUCUCGUACCUGCUGGUACGAGCUUGGUAGACUAGGGUCUAGAAGGAGUCGCCACUUUGCAAGGCACAUCGAGAUGCGCUCGGCAUCUGUUCUGCGCAAUCAUCUAGAGCCUCUGAAGGUGGGCUAAACAUAUAACCUAGAAUAUUAAGUUGUGUGGCCUUUUACUACGGGAACAUAAAUAAAUCUAGUAAUAAUAAUAAUAGUAAUUCUUGAAUCCAUA